AUGCCGAAGGAAACGCUUUUAAGGUAAGAAAAGUAACAAUAUGUUGAAUUCUAUAACAGCAUGUGUUAGAUCAUUAUUCCAUUAAUCUGCAUUUAACCAUUUUAAGAAUUAAGUAAAAUGUACCAAAAUCAUUACAGUCUUAUACUUAGGGACUAAGUCUAAGACUUAUAUAUGAAUAACUUCUAAGCCUCUCUAUAUCCAAAAGAAAGGAUAAAAAUGAUCAAGUAUCGUAUUAUUUGCCUUGUAAACGGUUAUUAAAAAAUAAAUCUUUGUUUCUAACCAGCUGGCUGUUAAUAUAACAUUUUAUCUAAAUGCACUCGUAGAUUUGCGCGUUCUUCGUUUUUUUUUUUCAGUAACGUUAUAUCUCAAAGUUUCACAAUAAGUUAUUUUUGUUUUUAUACAAUAAUGAAUAAUACUGAAAAUACAAGCAUCCAUAGGAUUAUUAGGGAUACCAGGACGCAACAUUUCGUCGAUUAAAAUGUCCAAUAUAUUACAAUACUAUAUGCAUGCCAAAUUUCAAAUCAGCAACUAUCACAACAAACGCUCCAUGAGCAGCCAAAACCAGUCUCAUACGGUCGUAUAAUCCAAAUUACGUUUGACAAGGCCUAUUUCACAAUUCAAAUCGAAAUUUAGCUGAGUUUAAUUAACAUCCUUCAUUUCAAAAGACGAAUAUAAUCCAAACGAAUUGUAUUUAACAUCUGCAUGACAUAGCAAUGUUACAUGCUUUGUCGUUGAUGAGAGUUCAGCCAGAGUGCGAAUUAGAAUUUUUCUGAUCUACAGUUAUUUUCAAAAUGCAGGUGUAAACGGGCCUUUGAAAUAUCUUGAACUGCAUGUCUGUGUCAGUGUAGGUAGAGGCAAUAAUAUGAACAAGCUUUCGUUGGUUGGGAUGCAACUACCUGAAAAUAUAAGGAGAAUUUCGACGUUUCGAGCGAAGGCCCUUCCUCUUGAGUUAGAGACCUUUUAAAGGGCCUUGCCUCGAAACGUCAAAAUUCUUCUUAUACCUUUAAAAUAUCUAAUAUACUUUUCAUAUUCUUUAGGAUCGCUUUGGUUUUGUUCACAUACUUUAUUUUCUACCCUCACUACCACCUCACUGAAAGUUUUUCAGGAUUUAAAUUAACCAGUUAUCGUAAUAAAGUGCUCGCAGAGGACAGCCAUUGUUUUCAAAACAUCACAGAAGUCAAGAUCUCAAAUUGUUUUCAACAUUGCCUUAGCAACUGUUUCUGCACAUCAUUUCAAAUGUGUGGAAGUACCUGUCAACUGUGUUCUGGUGGAGGGCUAGGGAUAAUACGUGAUCAAGAAGGAUGUUCGCACUUUAACUUCACAGCUGAUGAGGAGAAGGUAAGAUCACUAACCGCGCCUCUUGCAGUUUCGUUCUUACGACACAAAGGUGGAAGGGUCACUUAGGGGCUAACCCCAACCCACCCUGACAAUUACAUUCCCUGUGGAAGGAAACCGGAGUACCAUGAAAAAACCCACGACUUUCGGUAGAGAAUUGUCUUGGUCACGUGGGUGUCUCGGGUCCAGAACGAGGAUCGAACCCAUGAUCUCUGAGGAGAAAGCCGCUUGCUCUGAUGAUUGCGCACCGUGGGCGCAAAGGUAAAAAAAAGAGGAAAAGGGAAAAUAAUAAAGGAAAAACUAAUGGAAGGCAAGAAAAUAUAAGGAAUGACGGAAAGAUGUGUAUAGAAGGAAUGGAAUGAGAUCGAACAAUGAAAGGAUGGCAGACAGAAUGCUGAAUAGAAAGUUAGGUAAAAGCAUGGCUUAGCUUAUUAAUAUUCUUUUAUUCCUGCGAGUAAAUCUAAAAUGUUCCUGCGAAAAUGCAUCUUAUUUUAAAUUCUAUGACCUCAAUAGUGUUAAAGCACGCACGUGCAUUUUAAUGAUGCAUGGGUAAAAAAUAGACGGGCAGAAGAAAGAAAGAGUAAAGCUAGAGUGGAAAGGAAAAAGGUAUGGAAAGGGAGAAGAUAAUAAUAAAUUUAAAUUUAAGAAAGAAAAAACAAAUAUAAAGAAGGGAACAACGCCAUCAUCAAUGUAAAAUUCUUUAUUUCAGACUCUGACUGCUGACCAACAAUGUCAGAGAGGCUGCGCGGGGGGCAUCAACUGCUGUAUGACGUCACAACCUUGUUCCAAUGGGGGUACCUGUGUCCCUCAACACUCAACUGUUACCACGAGUCGUUUCACUUGCCAAGAUUGUGCUGAAGGCUAUACAGGGCAUCUAUGCCAAAUACCUAUAAAAUCCUGCCGUGGAUACAAGAAUGGCAGUCAAAUUGCAAAAAUAUAUAAAAUAUUUGACGACAAAAUGAAUCUAUUCUCAGUAUUUUGCGAUUUUGACAAAGAUCGAGCUUGGACGUUAAUACAAAGCUAUAAAUUUGCAAAUCACGACUAUUUCAAGGCUUCUUUCGUCAGCAAUAAACCAAACCGCACGAACUCGCCCAACGCCCAAAGUUACCGAAUGACGAAAGCCAGAAUGAAAGUGGUUGCUCAAGACUCCAGCAAGUGGCGUAUCACGUGCAACUAUGAACCAGGAGAGAAAAUUUCGUACACAGAUUAUGUGGAAACAACACUUGAAAAAUUGGACAUUUUAUCUUUUAACGGCAAUAAGUAAGAUAUGGCUUCUUGCUAAGCCUAGUUCCUUGACCUUGCACGCGCGGGCGAGUUACAGGCUGUCAUGAAUUUACGAUCCUGGUCAACCUGCAAACCUUGUCAAAUGCCACCCUAAAAUAGUAAGGCGGAAGCGAAAGGCCAUGCAUAAAUGGCUCCUUGCAUAAAUCCUCUAAAAAAAGAUUUCAUCCUUACCAUGAGUUCAUAAUUAAAUUAAUAAAUUCAUAAUUAAAUCCUUAAUAUUUGCAGGUGUGUUGAAGUUGAUUACAUCAGCAUCCGUGGCAAGAAUUGCACCAACUGUACAGCGUACAUGCUACAGUCGCAUAACAAAGACGUGAAUGCUUACUACAUGGGACUUCAUUUUGACUCGAGACAGGGACCCUCGUUCUCAUGUGAUCACAAUGCUAGCGAAGGCAGUCACAGUUGCGGCAAGCCAGGGGAAGACGAUUUUGGAUUUUAUGAUUGUUACAAUACGAAUCAUCGUUGCUCAGCAACCAGCGAAUCGCUGACGUCAGCGUGGUUGGGUGGAUAG